UCCACAACUCACAAAAAACCCCCCAUCUCUCACUCUCUUCUCUCUCCCUUCUUCUUCUUCACUUAAAAAAAAAUCCAAAUCCAAAGGCAGAUUUUGAGCAAUGGAACAACAAAACUCUGCAACAAUGCAGAGUCUAAACACAGAAGAAGAAGAAGAAGUAGAAUCAUCCAAAUCUACUAAAAAAGGAGGCCUUCUCACUAUGCCUUUCAUUAUAGUGAACGAGUCGUUGGAGAAAGUGGCGAGUUACGGGCUAUUACCCAAUAUGAUAUUGUACUUAAUGAAGGAUUACAAUUUGGGAUUUGCUAAAGGAAAUAACAUCCUCUUUUUUUGGUCUGCUGCUACCAAUUUCAUGCCUCUUCUCGGUGCUUUUCUCUCUGAUUCUUAUUUGGGUCGUUUCCUCACCAUUGGCUUUGGCUCCAUUGCCAGUUUCUUGGGCAUGUUACUUCUAUGGCUAACGGCGAUGGUUCCGGCGACGAAACCACCGGCGUGCGAUCAGCUCCACCCUGAGACCUGCCGAUCUCCGACCGCCGGCCAAAUGACACUUCUCGCCACGGCCUUGAUCCUGAUGUCCAUCGGGGCCGGCGGCGUCCGACCGUGCACUCUGGCCUUCGGCGCCGACCAAAUCGACCGGCGGGAGAAUCCGAACAACAAAAGAAUGCUGGAGAGAUUCUUCGGGUGGUACUACGCAUCGGCUUCGUUUUCAGUUCUAAUCGCAUUAACCGGAAUUGUUUACAUUCAAGAUCACGUGGGUUGGAAAGUGGGAUUCGGAGUUCCGGCGAGUCUUAUGCUUUUCGGUACCGUUCUGUUCUUUGCGGCUUCGUCGAUUUAUGUGAAACAGAAGGCUACCAAGAGUUUGUUUAGUAGCUUUGCGCAAGUCGCCGUCGCCGCGUUUAAGAAUCGGAGAUUCCCACUCCCACCGUCGCCGGCGUCUAAUAAGUGGUUUUAUCAUAAGGACUCUUGUUUCACUCAACCCUCUGAUAAGCUCAGGUUUUUGAAUAAAGCCUGUGUGGUGAAGAACCCAGGGCAAGACAUCGCCGGCGACGGUACCGCUGCAGAUCCAUGGAGUUUAUGCACAGUGGAGCAAGUGGAAGAACUCAAAACCCUAAUCAAAGUAAUUCCGAUCUGGUCCACCGGCGUAAUGAUGUCCAUUAACAUCAGCCAAAGCUCUUUCCCUCUUCUUCAAGCCAAAUCCAUGGACCGUCACAUCUCUUCCACUUUCCAAAUCCCCGCCGGCUCAUUCGGCACCUUCGUCAUCAUCACCAUCGUCAUCUGGGUCAUCCUCUACGACCGCGCCAUUCUCCCUCUCGCCUCCAAAAUCCGCGGCAAACCAGUCCAUUUUGGAGUCAAAUCUCGAAUGGGAGCCGGUCUCGUUUGCUCCGCCAUGUCAAUGGCACUCUCCGCCAUCGUCGAGAACAUCCGCCGCAGAAAAGCCAUCGCACUAGGCAUCGUCGAUGAUCCCAACGCCGUCGUCGACAUGUCGGCUCUGUGGCUCGUUCCACAACAUUGCUUGAAUGGAUUGGCCGAAGCCCUAAAUGCGAUUGGCCAAACUGAGUUUUACUACUCCGAAUUCCCCAAAACGAUGUCGAGCGUUGCUUCUUCAUUGUUCGGAUUGGGAAUGGCGGUGGCAAAUUUGUUGGCUAGUGCGAUUAUGAGUACUGUGGAUAAUGUAACUUCGAAAGGGGGAAAAGAGAGCUGGGUUUCGAAGAACAUAAACAAAGGGCAUUUCGAGAAUUACUAUUGGCUUCUUGCAAUUUUGAGUGCUAUCAAUAUCUUGUACUAUGUUGUGUGUAGCUGGGCUUAUGGACCGAGUGUGGAUCAGAGAAGAACCGCCAUGGACGACGGAAAGAUCAGCUCAAAUGAGGAAGAAUUGUCAAUGUUGGAAGCUAGGGUUAAGGAAGAAGAAGGAGAGUUCCAAAAGGCCAAGGAAUUGCAGGCUUGAAUAUGGAGUUUGUGUGUGUGUAUAUACGUUCUUUUUGUUGGUCAGUGUACUAUUUGUUUGAUCAAACAGCCAAGAGGGGCAUAAUCAUAUAUAUAUGUAUAAUCCUAAGUUUGCAUUUGCAUAUUCUAUAAUUUAUUUCUCCUUCUGAGUUA